CCAGAAUCUCGGUGCGGGACCCCCCAACCCGCCCAAGGUUCUCCGUCAAAGGACAAACACAAACAUUCCCCCGUUCAUGCAUUGCACCACGGCUGCCCUCCCAAGUCCACAGAAAACGGUCCUAGUACCGUUCUGCGCGCAAUCAUGACAAAGCGCAAGGUGUAUUUGGACAUGGAGGACUUUCAUAAAGCGUUGAGACUGUUGGAUGCCAAACUCGGCACAGAUCCCAUGAUCAUGGCCUUCGCUCCCAUCCGGAUGAUCGUGGCAGGGGGCUUUUUCUCUGUAAUGUACCUGAAGAACAGAAAGACAACUACGGACAUGGACUUCCUGCUUGACCCGGAGUGGGCCAACGAUGAGGAUAUCAAGGUUCCGUUGCAAAAGUCCAUCCGGGAAGUCGCCAAUGAGGCUCACUACAUGGAGGACUGGGCCAACGAAGAUGUGGGAGUGUUCGUUACAGAGAAGACGCGGAAGAUCCUGAUGGAGGACGCCAUCAAGCAAAAUAUUGUCCUCUGGGCCAGUGGCACCCUGCUCGUAUUUGCAGCACCUGUGGAAUGGGCGCUGGAGCGGAAGUUGCGCCGCAUCUACUGUGCGGAGAGGGGGCGCAAAGCGGAGCUUGAUCUGGCCGAUGCCGUUGCAAUGCUCAAGUUCAUGAAAGAGAGGAAGGGGGGUAAGCUGGAUAAGGAGUACUGUCGCACACUGAACAAGAAUGGCUUUGACGUCAUGCCAGACGUCGAGACCAUGAACUGUGUGGCUGCUGCUUACAAGGCAACCUAUGGCGAGGAUGUGUUUCUUUGAAGCCAUCUCAGUCCCUUGCAGGUGGGAGUUGAGUAAUUGCUCCAAGUGCGGCAUGAUUCAGGUCCAUGUAGUUUGAAAGGCUGUCGCCGACAGUCGGGUUGCGCAAUGGGCUCGCUAUGAACUCUCGACUGUACUUGGCAAGGAGUUACGUGCACACCGCCAGAUGGUGAAGCGGAUGGUCCCCUUACUUUCGAGACAAAAAACGUGGUAGCGUAGGGCUUGCGGUUCAGAUCGUAUAAAG